AUGGACCAAUUCAAGGCGUUCUCCCAACAACUUAACCCUCUUGCUGCUAAACUUGGCAAGCAACUGGGCCAGGUUAAACAGUUUGCUCAAGAAAAGAUGGGCACAGCUGAAGAUAUCACUGAACUUCCUCAAGAAUAUAAGGAUUUAGAAAAGCGUGUGGAUGCUCUUCGCACCAUGCACACCCAUCUUCUUCGUGUCACUCGUACCUACCAAAACCCGUCUUACGAUUAUCCAGCUCAACUUCAGGAGACUCUUGGAGAGUUUGGUCGUACAGUCACAGACAGAAUCCAACAGGUCGCUCUUUCACCUGCAGAGAAAGCAGCGUCAGAGGCAGCGGCUUUGGAGGAACGCAAGGAGGCUGCGCCACCCAAGACCUUGGCACAUGCCUUGUCGCGUGCUAGUUUUGAAGGAUCUGAGUUGAUAGGAUUGGAGGAGCCAAUGGGAUCAGCUUUGUUCAAGUUUGCGACUGUUCAGGAAAAGAUUGGCGAAUUUAGAUUGAAGAUGGAUCAGGAGAUCACAACCAAGUUUGUGCAACCUUUUGGAACAACUUUGAACACUCAGCUUGGAUUCGCAAUGAAGGCUAGACGUAAUGUUCAGAAUGCUCGUUUGGCAUUGGAUACUGCCAAGGCUCAGUAUAAGACUGCGAGACCCGAAAAGUCAGAGGCUAGCAGGAUUGAGGUUGAGCAGGCUGAGGACUUGUUUGUGGCUGCGGUGGAAGAGGCUACUACUCUUAUGAAGACUGUUCUCGAAAACCCCGAGCCUCUUCGUAACUUGGCUGAUUUGGUUGCUGCUCAGCUUAACUUCUACAAGGAGGCACAGGAGAUUUUGGCUGAUGUUGCUCCAGAGAUUGAUGAACUUUCUGUCACUCAAGAAGCUCUCUACCGCAACAGCCGUAGUGAAUAA